AGAGGCACGACGGCCAUGGCGCGGAAGAAGGUGCGGCCGCGGCUGAUCGCCGAGCUGGCCCGGCGCGUGCGGGCCCUGCGCGAGCUGCGGGAGCGGCCGCGCGACUCGCAGCGCUACGCCCUGGACUACGAGACGCUGACGCGGCCGCCCUCGGGCCGCCGGCUGCCCGCGCGGGCCUGGGCCGAUGCGCGCCGCGAGAGCCGCCUCCUGCAGCUGCUCGGCCGCCUCCCGCUCUUCGGCCUGGGCCGCCUGGUCACGCGCAAGUCCUGGCUGUGGCAGCACGACGAGCCGUGCUACUGGCGCCUCACGCGGGUGCGGCCCGACUACACGGCGCAGAACUUGGACCACGGGAAGGCCUGGGGCAUCCUGACCUUCAAGGGAAAGACGGAGAGCGAGGCCCGGGAGAUCGAACAGGUCAUGUACCACGACUGGCGGCUCGUGCCCAAACACGAGGAGGCGGCUUUCAUGGCGUUCACGCCGGUGCCGGAGGACACUCUGCGCUCUGUGCCCUACCCGCCGCUCCUCCGGGCCAUGAUUCUAGCUGAGCGACAGAAAAACGGGCACAGCAGCACCGAGGAGCCCAUGCUGAACCUGGAGAGGGCACGCAUUGGUCCCUGGGACUACCCUGCGAAAAAGGAGGUGAAGAGAAAGGCCAAGGGCACCCCAGUCUAAAAUGCUGGAACCUGCAGGCUGCCUGAAGGGUGUGAGCGCGGGCACCGUUUUGAUGAAAGAAAAUGUCUUUGGGGCCGUCUCCGUGGCUUAGCGGUUGGGUGGCACGCUCUGCUGCUGGCGGCCCGGGUUCAGAUCCCGGGCGCGCACCUACGCGCCGCUUCUCCGGCCAUGCUGAGGCGGCGUCCCACAUACAGCAACUAGAAGGAUGUGCAGCUAUGCCAUGCAACUAUCUACUGGGGUUUUGGGGGAAAAAAAAAAAUAAAAUGUUUUUGGAUGACGCCUGAAUCAGCCCUCUGGGAGCUUGGAUCCGACCUACCAGUGGCUUGUUCUGAGGCUCUGCAUUUUGCUGGAAAGCGGG